AUGAUGGCUCAGCGAUACAGACAGCCUCUGCUCCAAAAACAGAAACAGGAUCAGAAUGUUCAACCGCUCUCCCCUCAGCAAGCUGUGCACGCCUGGUCGAUAGAUCAGCUUUUACGAAGUAUAGUCCUUGACGACUGGCGGCGCUCGGGCAAGCUGGGGGAGGACACGCGGGGCGAAAUGUAUCGGGACGUCUACCAUACCGUUUUCAACAAUGCAAGAACACAAGCGGAUGACGGCAAGGCGUACAUAGAGGAAGUAAUUGAUGCUCUCGAGACGUAUCUGGAAACCAAUUCAGUCGCUACCCAGUGGACGGUGGCCGGCAUACCUCGCCUGUUAUACACCCAGGCACGGGCUCGGAGAAACCCCUUCACUCGCCGCGUGAUUGCCGGAAAAAACCUCGAAGGCGGUCGACACUGCGAGCCCUUGGUCUUCGAGAAUCUCGUCCCAAUCCUGGUCGGACUCGCCUGCGGAACUGCUGGGCCGGAUGACUUUCUCGCAGCCGGAGUCGAUGCCAGUAUGCUGGUGGAGCUGCAGACUACUGGGAAAUGGUAUAUGAAGCUGGGGCCAAGCGCGACUUUUAGGCUAUCUCACGAUGUCGAUGAGGGUGAUGAGCUUUUCGUAUUGAGCGGAUCUACAGCCAGUGCUUGCCCGCAUCCCAAGCACGCCGAGCGGAGUCUCUCACAUGCCCCUCCGCCAGAUGUCACCAUAUCAUCCUUCACCGCCUCAAUCGGCUCGGGACCUUCUCCAACGAUGCCUAUUCCCGCUCCUACUACCUCUUCCGCACACAUGGAUCUCCCUCGGUCCCAGCCGGCAGAAUAUUCGAGCGCGACGUGCGCACUCCCUACAUCAAGUCCGGACUCCUCUCAAUCAGCCCCGCGCAAGCGGACCCGAAGCCAAAUGGGGAAGCGGGAUCUCGUUCCGAUGUCCUUGUACCGUAGGGCAGUCGACAAUACUCGGCGACUCCAAGUCACACGACAGCAAGCGCGAGAGCGGGUCGACAAACUUGACAAUCAGUUGAGGGUUGUGAAGGGGAAGAAAUGCGUCCUGAAGCAGAAACUGCAAAGGGAAAGGCAGAAGGGGAAUACGCUUGCGGAACGGUUAAAGAGGCACGUACGUGUGGAAGAGGAGGCUAGACUGGCUCGGGCGCAGGCGGAAUCUGCGCGGUUGGCUGUCGAGGCGGAAUUGACGGCGGAGGCGGAGAAGAGAUUGAACGACCUGCACUCUGCGCACGCGCACGCUCUCACCGACAUACGGAAAGAGCGAGACCAAGCUCGGACCGAUCUGGAGGCGGAAAGGCGUCAGACGAAGGAGCUAGCUGCAUCUGUUAGCCGGCUCAAAGCAGAUCUCGCUCAGUCCGAGGAUGCUCGUCGGAGCUCGGCGGCGGCCCUGCUGCAGACCUCGACGGCGCUGACAGCUGCGGAGUCGGCCAAGUCCAAGGCGGAUGCAAGAUGUCUCGACAUUAUCCGGGACAUUGGAGCUGUCCGAGGCGAGCGCGAUGCUCUCGGGACGCAAUUGGCGGAAGCGGCCAAACGGGGUGAAAAUCGGGAGAAGGAGGUGGAAAGCGAGUUAGAAGGGGCAAUCGCAGCGAGAAAAGAGGCGGAUCGGAUCGCAAACGAACACCAUCAACAGCUUUCGGAGCUUCGUCCGUAUUACGCCCAAUCACUCAACCGGAUCUCGGACCUGGAGCGCCAACUCGAACGGGCGAAGCGGACCGCCGAAGCCCAAUUCGCCAGCGAGAGGCAAACGGCGGAUACGUUGAUGGGAGAUGUACAGUGCAUGUACGAGAAUAUGCGGAGGUGGCACGAUGGGAUUGGAAGAGGGAGUGGAGAGACCUUAAGGGAUUCGAAUGCAGCUCUGAGCACAGGGGCGCACGAGUCUGCAUGCCGCUCAUCAUUCGACAUCCUCUGCACCUUGGUAUCUCAGGCACCGAGACUGCCCUAG